AAGCUCUCCCAAGCGGCAGGGAGGCCCAAGAAAUCAACGCAAGGCUGCCCCGGGCGCGCGAACGAGACGCAUACGCGACGAACAAAGGCUGCCCAACAUAAAAACAAGUGCGCAGCCAACAGAGAAGCCACAGCUGCUGCCCCAGCACAAAAACAAGCACAACCAAGAGAAGCAUGCAGCUCGUCGUAAGAGUAGAAUCGGGAGACCGCACGAGCACCUUCAAAAUACAAGUCGGCGACGGCCGCAAGUCCUUCAAGUGGCUGGCCCUCGCCGCGGCGCAGCGCUUCGGCAGCGAGAGCCCAAAGGGUAAAUUGCGGCAAAGGGAGCGCAAGUUCCCCUGCACGAACCCCGCGAACACCAAUUUAGUACCUUCACGAUGCUACACGGAGGAUCAGGACUUCUUCCACCCCGACGCGUUGCUCGUUGAGCAAUUACAAGACGGCGAUCACCUCACGGUCGAGGUCGCGCCCCGCGUUUACGUCGACGAGGCCGGCUCGCCGGUCAAGUCGAGGUGGCAGACCAUCGCCUUCGCCGUGUCGCCGUCGUCUUCGGCAAAGCGCGACGCCGCGAUCGCCGAGGAGUACGACGCGCAAAAUGCGAAAAAAGUAGCAGCAAAGGCCAUCGAGGACGAAGCGGACCGGCUCGAGAACAUGCGGAAGGCCGAUCAUGUGCGCGAGAUUAUUAAAGAUCAAUUACCCGACCAGGACGCGGUGGAAGAAGCUCUAUCAGAAGAUUGGUUCAGCAUGAACAAGAAGCGCGUCUUAGAUGCGUUGGUGGAAGAUCCCGAGGAGCAGGGGCGCGUCAAGGACGUCCUGAAGCAGCACUACGUCCAGUUAGAUGAAUUGUUCAAGACCUUUGCUGCUUCUGGUAGUUCGAUUGCCGAUGCCCAAGAUUUGGAGCUGUCGGAAUUCGAGGAUUUUUGUCAUCAGGCGUCGCUCGUGGCGACGGGCCCGCAUGCUACGUCCGUCAUGGUGUCGUGCUUCCAGGAGUGUAAUGGGGAUUUUUCUCAUUCGCACCGGCAACCGGACAAGAGAAGUAGAAGGGGUGGUAGUACCAUCCAAACGGCGCACGUCGCGCGGCCCGAGUUCCUCAAUUCACUGAUCUGGUUUUCGUUGUUUAUGGCGUCCACCGAUGGUUCUCCGGAGCACGGCGGCGGCGCGCCGGGCUCGCCGGCCUGGGCCGCCGAGUUCGCCACCAUAAAAAACAAGGCCGAGAAGCUGGAGAUCAUGCUGGAGGUGCGGAUCGCACCUUUAAUAGCCAGGAAGCUGCCUGGCAGUGCGGGAAAAAUUGCGCUCAAUACAGAUUCGGUCUUGGCGCGCGUGUACGACGUCGAGGAUGAUCUGAGGAGGUUAUUUGAGGCGAGAGCCCUCUCGGUAAAGAACGAACUUUCAGUAGUGGAGUUCGUGGGCAUCGUCGAUGGCGCGGGACUGGUCGGCGACGGCGACGGCAAGACAUUAACACUUCGCGACGCGCGGCAGACCUUCGCGGCGGCCCAGUCCGAAUCAGCGUUCACGCCCUCGGUAGAAACGGGAAAAACGAAUCUGAAGCAGGCCCACGCGCUGAUGUCGUUUCCCGAGUUCGUCGAGGCGGCCGUGCGCAUCGGCCUGACGAAGUGGCCCGAUGCUGAUUUGUCGCUCGCGGACCGCGUCGACCGGGCGCUCCAGGCGCUGGUCUGCUGUCCCUUGUAA